AGAGACGAUGAGCAUGUCAGCAUAUUUUCGUGCUAAGGUAAACUACACCAGACACAGACUGAGCCAGUCUACGCCCUCACACACACACACACACACACUAUAAUAGGAGCGGGCAGCAUGAAAGGCUGAAAACACACUGACCUGGCCUGGCUGACCUGGCUAUCUGCUUUGACAAUGAGCUCCAGACUGUCAAGUGAUCUGGAGAAAGAUGAGGAAGAAGAAGAAGAGGAAGAAGAAGGGGAGAGCGUGAACCCGACAGAGGUGAAGAUGAGUCAGAUAGUGAUGCCCUGUCACAGCAAUCAUCGACAGGAGCUGAGCGUGGGACAGCUGCUCAAAUGGAUCGACUCCACUGCCUGCCUCUCUGCUGAGAGACAUGCUGGGAGUCCCUGCGUCACUGCUUCGAUGGAUGACAUCCAUUUUGAACACACUAUCAGUGUGGGUCAGGUGGUGAACAUCAAGGCAAAGGUCAACAGAGCCUUUAACACCAGUAUGGAGGUGGGCAUACAGGUGAGCUGUGAGGACCUGUUCUCUGAUCGUCACUGGAGAGUUUGUCACGCCUACGCCACCUUUGUAACCCAGCGCACAAACACUGGAAAAAAGGUGAUCUUGAAGCCCAUUGUACCUCAGACUCAGAAAGAGCAAGUUGAAUACAGCGUGGCUGCUGAGAGGAGGAGGGUCCGGAUGGUACAUGAUGACAUCAUCAAAGAUCUGCUCUCCCAUGGGUCAGUCCAGCAAGCUGACAACUCAGCAGUAGGCAAUGCAGUGGCAGCAGAGAGGACCAAGGUGGAGAGUGUUGAACUGGUUCUACCCCCACAUGCUAACCAUCAGGUGAAUACAUUUGGAGGACAGAUCAUGGCCUGGAUGGUGAAUGUAGCUACAAUUGCUGCCAGUCGUCUAUGUCAGGCUCAUCCCACUCUUCGAACCAUUGACAUGUUCACCUUCAGAGGACCUUCUCAGAUUGGAGACAGACUGCUGCUGAGGGCAAUAGUCAACAAUGCCUUCAAAAACAGCAUGGAAGUAGGAGUGCGAGCAGAGGCCUAUCAGGAGGAGGGGCCUAACAGACACAUAAACUCUGCCUUCAUGACCUUUGAGGUGCUCGACGACCACGGGAAGCCAUGUUUGUUACCACGGAUACGACCCGAACCCCUGGAAGGGGAGAGGAGGUUUCAAGAGGCCAUAGCCAGGAAGAAGAUCAGACUGGACAGAAAGUACAUCAUUUCCCGUACGCAGGGUGAGGCUCCCCUGUCUGUGCCCUGGGACCCCACAAACCAGGUGUUUGUUUGCUAUUGCAUAUGUAUGUUUUGUGUGUGUGUGUGUGUGUGUGUUUUCCAGGUGUACCUGAGCUAUAACAACGUGUCGGCUCUGAAGAUGUUGGCUGCUCAAAACAACUGGCGCCUCAGCUCUGAGAAAGACAAGGUUCAUCUCUACACCCUGGAGCAGAAGUCCAUGUUGAGUUUCAGGGUGGAAUCAGAGGUGGACGUUCCUGCUCACAGAGCCUUUUCUCUGCUGGCUGAGAUAAGCAACAGACCAAGCUGGGACACACAUUAUCGGAAAUGUGAGCUGAUUCACCAGGUGGACGAUGACGACUUCCUGUAUCGUGUGGUUACCCCAUCAGUCAGUCACGGUGCUCUAGGUUCCCCGACUUCAUCCAGUCAGGGAGAAGGAAUUCUCCAGGACUUCAUCUUGUUGGCCUCCAAGAGGAAGCCGUGUGGCAGUGGAGAUCCGUACGUCAUCGCUCUGCGGUCAGUGUCUCUGCCCACUCACCCACCCACUGAAGGAUAUAAUAGAGGGGAGGUUCUGUGUGCUGGAUUUACCAUCCUGGAGACCAAAAACAACAUGUCACUAAUCCGGUACUAUAACCAGGCGUCUCCAGAGGUCCUUCCCUACAUCUCCACUGACAUCGCUGGCCUCUCCUCCUCUUUCUACCACACCUUCUGCUCCUGUAGUCAAUACCUGACUAGGAACAGGCAGAAUGUUACCUCUGAGGAGCAAACUGGCCAAUACCAGGCCACAAACACAGACAGUCCCACCUGUGAGACUCAGGUUGACGCUCUGUCAGUGGCCCUCCACAGCACCCAGCUGUAGACAGUCAGUGGUACUUUCUAGGCCAGUUUACAUCAAAAAGUGUAGGGUGAGGUCUGCUGUUUGUACAAGGUAUGAUUAAUACUGUCACAAGUGUUCAGAGUGAACACAAGACGAUAUUUACAUGAAAAAUGUUAAACUUUUUUUUUUUUAACAGGCUUAAGAAUAGAUCACAUUAGAACAGAGCAGUUAGAAAAUAUCACAAUAAAGUGAGUAAAGGAUGAUUUCAAAAUGAAGUCUCAUUAAAUAUUAAUGAUUCCAUUUGGACUCAAAUAAAACUUUGAUGUGUAUCUUCCAGGAUCAGCUCAUCUGUUUUGCACUCUCAUUAAUCUAAGGUAAAUGCUGGUCUAACUGUAUAUCUCAGUGUUGGGUUAGAGGGAAAUGUUGAGUUUAUGUUAAGAAACACUAACAGUGGCAUUAAGUGAUUAAUGAAUUUUCUCCAUUUGCUGACUGCAGUUAGCACAAGGUAUCUUCUUUCUUUUGAUAAAAACAUUGAUGUCUCACUGAAUGCUUCAUAGGACUUUAAUAAAAUAUUUUUAACAAAA